GCACGCUGUUGCAGGAGAGUGCUGCCCAUUGGUCAUCAUGAACCUGACCUCCAGCUCGGAUUUAAUUCACUUCCUCAGCAACACUUCUCCUGGUGAUGAUACCACUAUCAUAGCCAAGCCUGCCAUCUUAGGUGGCUCAUACCAGGAGCUGGCCAUAUUAUCAGACAGUGUUGGUGGGUGGAAGCAGUAUAACACAAGUCAUGGCUCACGGCAAGGAGGAAACUUCACUGAUUCGCCAGCUAACAGGACAUUAAUGCUGCCAGCAGAGGAGUUUGACCCAUUAGGAGGACAUACUAUCUGGCAGGUCAUCAUAAUUGUCUUCCUCACUGGAUCUCUUUCUCUUGUCACUGUUGUUGGCAACAUCCUUGUGCUGGUGUCGUUCAAGAUCAAUAAGGCACUGAAGACAGUGAACAACUACUACCUGCUGAGCCUUGCAUUUGCUGACCUAACCAUUGGCACACUGUCAAUGAACCUGUAUACCACCUACAUCAUCAUGGACCAGUGGGCUCUGGGGCCAGUGGUCUGUGACUUGUGGCUUGCAAUAGACUACGUUGCCAGUAAUGCCUCAGUCAUGAACCUGCUUGUCAUCAGCUUUGACAGGUAUUUCUCUGUGACCAGACCUUUGACCUACCGGGCCAAGCGUACGACCAAGCGGGCCAUGACCAUGAUUGGAUUAGCCUGGUCCAUAUCUUUCAUUCUCUGGGCUCCAGCUAUCUUGUUUUGGCAGUACAUUGUGGGUGAGCGGACAGUCCAGCCUAAAGAGUGCUACAUCCAGUUCUUGACAGAGCCCAUCAUUACGUUCUGCACUGCUAUUGCUGCAUUCUACUUGCCGGUAACUAUUAUGGCAUUCCUGUUUUGGAAGAUGUAUCAGGAGACAGAGAAGCGUGCUAAAGAUAUACAAGGUCUCAAGGGAUCUGGGUCAGGCAACAAACCAAGUCAAGCUCAGAAUCAAGCCAGUGGUGGUGCAAGAGCUGGUGGAGAAGAUGCCAAUAACAGCCAGAGAGAGUCGUCAGCAAUGGUACGCCAAAUGAGUUCUCAAAGCUGCAGCAGCUCUGAACUAAACCAACUGGCUUCAGAGACAGACAACAAAGACAAUGCCAAUAUACCAGGAGGACUAGCGAGCAGCAGAAGAUGCGGAGUGUGUUGCUUCCGCUUUUCAUCACUGUUGCCAGGUCGCCAUGCAUCCAAGAGGUCUGUGAACACCACAACAACUACGGUGGACGAGGCGGAACAGAGCAGCUGUGACAGCUUUAACAACAAUGAAGUUGAUGCCUCUGGGGACAAGUCAGGUUCAGAAGAGGAAGCUGAUGGUGCAGGCCCAUCAAGGCCUCCAACAGAUUGUAAGAAGUCUGGGAUGAAGAAAAAUAAGAGUAAACAACGAUCAUCAUCCAACAAGAGUCCAAAAGGAUCACAGUCAGCCGACCAAUCACCUGCAGCCAUCACCAUGAAAGAUGCAGCAAUGGCCAAACGCUUUGCCUCUAAGGCCAAGACAGAGAUCAACAAGCGUAAAAAUGAAAAAAAGGCAAACGAAAAGAAAGCAGCUCGGACCCUGAGCGCUAUCCUCUUUGCCUUCAUUACGACGUGGUUACCGUACAACAUUAUGGUGUUGGUCAACACUUUCUGUCAGGACUGCAUCCCAGAAACAUUAUGGGCGCUCGGCUACUGGUUGUGUUAUGUUAACAGCACAGUCAACCCCAUGUGCUAUGCCCUGUGUAACAAGACCUUCCGGACAACUUUCAGGGACAUUUUGAUGUGCCAGUGGAAUCAAAAGAAGAACAAGCCUCAAUUUCAACAGAGGAAGGCUGUGGCUUUCAAGAAAAAAGACCCAAUGUAGAGUGACAAAUUAUUGGAUGGAUCUGUAUUUAAAGAUACAUUUCCUGAUUUGUGUUCAGAGUUGGAAUGCAGCAUACACUCCUAAAAUUUCAGGGAAAAGAUCCUGAAUUUAAUUUGCAAAACAAGUUCUGGCCUUAUAGGAAGUUUUGCCAAGCUAGCAGAGGUGCUCAAACCAGGUCUGUUACGCUGAAUCCAAAUAUCCACCCUCCACACAUGCAGACUACUACUAGUCUGCAAGGUUAAUUUAAGCCACUGAUAGACAGGCCUAAGCAAAAUGACCAAAGUACAUCUCAAUUACCUUCCAUCCCUCUCCAUCACUGACAGGCAGACGGCUGUCCUGAGUGUUCACAAAACCAAGUCCUCAUCUGAUUGGCUGGCUUUGUUGGUUGCAUUCUAUAUGCUUGAUUUGAACUCACAAAGUAGCUCUCAUAAAGUCUACUUUUGGUGGCUGUAGUAUUUCAGAUGAACACACCAACCUCUUCAGCCCCUCUCCUGGGCUUCUGCUACUGUUUUUGGGGUCAGUCAUCCUCCUGGGCCAUUAUUCGCUGCAAGGGUGUAUCUGCGGUGGGGUUCCCUGCCGCUGUUCCAUUGCCCGGCCUGUCUCUUCUCUAUGAGACCAGGAGACACUGAAACUGCAACAGCCAUAGUGAUGAUGUGUUUACUAUGGCUCAACUCUGCCACUGGCUGUUUGUCUUUUCAAAUCAACCGCAGCAAAAACACAAGAACAAACCAUAAUAAUGUGUCAGUUACGCUGACAGAAAUUUUUUUGCCCAAGUACUGCCUGUCCUCAGCUGUCCUCCUGUGCCACAUCCCCCACUUGACGUGACAGUUUGCUGGACAACCAGAAAGUGGGAGGGAUGUCAGUGGGCCGUAAUGAAUUUAUUGUUUGAUCAAUCCACAAACAAGACAAGAAUUUGCAAUCUAGCUGGCUCAUUCCCUGUUCAUCAAAGCGCUCUUCGAACCACAGAGCAUUUUUGUGGUUAAGAACAUUAACUUGAAGGAUGUACGAGCCUUGUGGGAUUGUUUGUCUAAAUCAAAGCAACCCGCUUCUUGUUUGUUUUUUAAUACUGAUAUUACCAGAAGAAUUUGGAGCUCAGUUUAUAUAUGCCAUUGAGCCUUUUUUUAUGUAAGAGAUUUGAAGUAGGGUAUCUAAAUUUCUGUGUUCAGUGAAAAUAAAUAUAUUGAAAAUGACCUAUGAAAAUGCAGUUCAAAGUAUAUAGUUCCCAGUAAAGAAUAAAAACAGCUUCUGGCUUCUGAUAAUAGCUGUAGUUACUGAACUACUAGGCAUGACUUUUUGUUUUAUAUAAUUAGAAUGAAUGCUUAUGAAAGAUUUGAUGGCCUGCUUUCUCUCUAUUUAAUUAAAUAAUUUAAUGAUAACCCAAAUGUUAUAACAUAUAGUCAGUAUCCAAUUUAUGGGCUAAACCUACUUAACAUAUUCAUUAAAAAUUGUAUUAUCUUUAUGGUCAUUUUGGAGGUCAUAGUUUGUGCUUCUCUUGAAUUGUAUUGUGUUCUUUUGAGUGUUUCUAAUACUUAUAAUCCCAGCCUCAUCACAACUAGGGUGCAUUAGAUUUGUUUUAAGCCAGGUUUAACAAAUAAACUGUCAUGCAGUAACCUGUUGUGACUUCCAAUGUGUUGUCACUGGAUUAAUGUUCUAGAUCAUUUUCGAGUAUAGAAACCACCAAUGAGGACAGCACGGAUGUGUGUUGAUACCUUGGUCGAGACAGGA